CGCUCUUUUGAAUAUGUACAAAAAAAAAGUUGUUCGCCAGAAAAUGGUUUCAUUGUUUUGAGAACAGUUUGGCUGAUUGGGGCGUUGACGCCUUUUUCACCAAUCGAAAAGGUUUCAAAACGUAUCAGAGCAGUGAUGAACAUCAAUGAAGUGUACAACCUAGUUGACCUCGAGAUGCUCGGAUUUAACGAUUUGGGCGUUAGUGCAGAUUUCGUUAUGACAGUACUCCAGUGUGUCUUGGCGACGGGAACAUGCACGGAGGAACCGCUUACCUACAUUUUAUCUACUACCAUCGAAGAAGAUUAUUUGCGCGAGGAGUUCGCCCGUUCUCUGAGCGAGUUCUUCUGGACCGAUGAGGAGGAAAUCAUCAAACCAACCCUUUCAAUUCCAGUAUUACGUGAAAGAGUUUCCGCAUUCGCUUGGGCUGGGACAACUCUAUGUGAUCUGCUGGAACCGGAAAUGCCUUUCUCUGAGUUACAAUAUUCGGAACCCCGUAUUGCUAUAGAUUACAGCAAGGUGAGACUUCGAAAUCUUCGAACUGCCGAAGACUCAUUGGGCCCUUCAACAUCCGGUACACGAAUGUUGACAUCGAAGCGUUCGGAAUCGUUUGAAGAUUUCGGUUUAGGACCAUCAUCGUGCAAGAAAUCCCGUUUAUUGGAACCUUCGCUGUCCGGAAUCCAAAUAGUAUCGCCAUUUGGCGAGAAAUUCCUUCCAUUGGAGUCGUCAUCAAAAGCACCAAUGAGGUCGAUGCUUUUGGAAUUGGCCUAUAAUGCGGAUUCGAGAUCAUCGCCAUGCUGCAAGCAAUCCCACGUAUUGGAAUCCUCUGCAAAUGAAUCAGACACCUCAUUGAGUGACGAGCAGCCCCGUUAAUUAGAACCCUUAACACAAGCCACUAGUAAAUAGAUAGUCCGGCAUAAUGCAUAAUCAAAUUGGCAAAUGGAACUCGGAAAGAAACUGCAUACAAAGUUAUAAUAUAAAAGUUAGUUUUUGUGACGUAAAUGUUACACAAAGGCUUGUUGGUUUUCUUUAUUUGAGUGUCGGAUUGAACUGUAAUUGAAUACUGAAUGAAACGUAAGAUUUAAAGGCUCCUUUAGCAAAGGAAAAAAAGAAGAAUUAAAUACUUGUUUAGUUAGAUAAAUGCGCUAAGUUGUAUUACCCCACUCGGAAAAACCAUGAGAGUGUGUGCACAUUUUAUCGAAGCAGCAAUCUAGGACCAGGCGAAGCAGAAGCGUGUGAUAUUGGGCCCUAUUAUAGAAAUCGAGGCGAUAAGAAUUUUGCUCGUUAGCCCUAUUUUGCUAUUAUAGAAAUCGAGCAAUUCGAUAGCAGCGAGCGAGUGAUAGCUAUCGGUACAACUGUCAUAAUUUUUCGAGCAGUUUGUUUUGGUUUAAUUGUUGUUUUUGUUGUAUGUUUUGAUUCGUUCGUUUGUUUUGAUCAGUAUUUGUUUUCCGGUGCUGCCAGCAUAAUAUAUACAAACGCAUAUUUCAGUGGCUCAAAAUGAGCGGACAAAAGAAAAAAACAAAUCACUACCAGUUUGAACGGCUCGUUGAACUGAUGAAAGCGAAUGUGGACAUUGCUCGAGGCUUUUGUGGAG